AUGGCCAUGCCUGCAGCUCCUCCUGCGGGCAUGUCGCUCCCUUUGGAAACUAAGCUUUCGGACAUCAAAUCACCGCCCAUUACGACUUCCUACAGAUUCGGACAUAAUAGCGAUCGCGAUGCUUCUCCCACCGCACCGACGAUACUUGCUAAGCUAGACGUCCCGGGGAAUUGGUCCGGCAAAGGCCAACACAUCGAGUUCGCGCGGGGCGAAGCUAUACCAUUAGAACAAGGAGAAUUCUUGGGUCGAGGAUCUUUCGCAGAUGUGUAUGAGGUGACGUGCCAAGGGAUAUCAGUAGCACGAAAGCAGAUCUAUUGCACCCGGCACAUGAAGAUCGAGGACCUCAAGCGAGAGCUCGAUAUUCUGAAGAAACUUAGUCACAAGCACGUGGUGACCCUGCUCGGCUCAUACACGCAGAAUAAGAUUUUAGGAUUGCUCUUGUAUCCUGUCGCUGCCUGCGAUCUGGGCGUAUUCUUAGAUGAGCUCGACGAAGAGCAGAGAUCGGGAGCUACAAAAUUGGGAGAAGGUCUGUCGAAAUUGGCGGAUCGUCUUGGCCUGCCUGAGAGCUUGUCUUGUAUGAGAGAACGCCUCAAUAAGGUUUACGGAUGUCUCGCCAAUGCUAUCCAAUAUCUUCACGAUCAAAACGUUCGGCACAAGGACAUUAAGCCGCGGAACAUUCUCCUUCAUAGGAACGACGGUUUGUAUAUCACGGACUUUGGACUCAGUCGGGACAUGACAGAUUUGUCUAGCAGCGUUACGAAUGGGAUUGACAUUGGCACUUAUAAGUAUUGUGCCCCUGAGGUCGCGCUAUACGAGCCACGGGGACGGGCGGCAGACAUAUACUCACUUGGCUGUGUGUUCUUAGAAAUUAGUACCGUGCAUCGUCGACUUUCUUUGGCUGCAUUCGAGGACUUCAGGACAGAGGAUGAAGACCGCUCGUACCAGAAUAACCCUCAGAAGUUGCUAGAGUGGAUGUCGAAACUCCGUCAGAUUAAGACCGAUAACCCCGAAAGUGGAACAAUCUUUGAUAUAGUUGAUAUUAUCGAAAAGAUGGUUUCUCCAGUGCCAAACGAUCGCCCGGCAAUCGAGACUAUAUGUUCGAGCUUGUACCUACUUGGUGGCUUGGUGUAUUUUGGCAAAUGCUGUAUAGCAUCGCGGUACCAGACUCUGAUAGACAUGAACAAUGAACUGAAGCAGCAAGCAAGACAGUUGCAGAUACGGCAUGAACAGUUGGAGUUCCUCUAUGUUGAACGUACGCAGGAGCAUGACGCGGAAAAGGCAGCGAUGUCAAAGGUCCACGGUGAACAGGUGGCCAAGUUGGUACGAUUUCACAACGAAGAGCGUGCUGCCCGCUCGACAAAGUUUCCCGGAACUAUCAGCGACCAACGGGCUGAAAGAGUACGCGUCCGCAAAUCCAGAAGUGCCAACUCAUAUGAUGAAGAUGUGGGUUAUAGCGAUUCAUAUGGCGGUGAUUCCUCUAGUAGCGAACGUGUAACUGUUCGCACACACCGACGCGAGCGAUCUAUUGAAAGAAACACCCCAUAUAUUUCGCACCGAGAAAAUAGAUACCCCCAUAUGCCACAUCGAUCGCGAUCUCGUGAGAGAGACAUAGAAUCCCUUCCUGUACGGCGCAUGCGAUCACGAUCACGAUCUCGUGAAAAAGUCAGGACACCCCUUGUCGCACGGCGCGAGCGAUCACCAUCACCGCCUCGCGAAAGAGGUAGAGUACGUCCCCUGUGGCGGCACGAGCGAUCUCUGGAGAGAAACCCUGUUAGAGAGCCCGCAAAUGUGGUUGAGCGGAAGGUUCAGGCUACUGUUAAAAGAAAGAAGGACAAACCCGAACCCAUUGGAUCUUUUGGCACGACGAAGAAGAAGGAGGAUAAACCCUCCAAUGGCUUUGCUCUUUGGGGCAGCUCUUGGAAGUCGAGCAGUAAAACUAAGAAUCGAGAACCCACGACCUCGCGAGAAACCUGA